CAAUAGGACUUGUCGUAUUUAAGAUGUUGCUGUUUACUGGUUUGGUAGUAUUUUGCCUGUUAUCUGUAGUAGAUGGCAAAUCUAAGCCUAUCACUGUUACACUCAAUGCUAAAUGGAACUCAACACCUUUGCUGCUCGAAGCAAGUGAAUUCAUAGCAAAGGAGAGCCCUGAAUCCUUUUGGAGAUAUGUAGGAGAAAUAGCAAAGCUGGACCCUAAAGCAAAUGCCUUGGAAAGUGAUCAAGGAAAUUACCAUAUGAUCCUAAAGUUUGCUGGAAAAGUUAUCUCCCCAUUGCAACUGAAGCUGUUACAACUUUCUCUGUCCCUCAGGAUUUACUCUCCAGCUGUGGAAACAUUUCAACAGCUGGCUGAGGGUGGGUCAGAUGACUGUGUGGCAUUUGUAAACAUUCAUGGACAGACCACUUGUGAUCCAGAAGAAGUGAAGUCAUUGGUAGAAAAAGCAGCAGAUUUGCCAAAGCCAUCAAUUUUCAAGUUUGAUCACAUUUUUCCUGGGUCUGCGGAUAAUAAUGUGGUUGUGGUGCUCUACGCAGAAGUGGGAAAAGAAGGAUUUCCAGAAUUUCAUAAGACACUUCGUGACCUGGCAGAUAAGAAGGAGAUAACAUAUGUACUGCGACAUUUUGUCAGAAAUCCAGCAAAGGAGAAAACACGAUUGUCUGGCUACGGGGUGGAACUUGCCAUCAAAAGCACCGAGUAUAAAGCCAAGGAUGACACAAAAGUAGAAAGUGGGAGUUCUGCUGAUGCAGAGGAAGAUGAGGUGGACGAGGUGCAAGGAUUCAUCUUUUCAAAACUCAGAGAGUUGCACCCUGAUAGCAAAGAUGAUUUGAAAGCAUUUCAAAAUCACCUGGUGGCCUCAUCAACAGAGCUAGCAGCUCUUAAAGUCUGGCAAUUACAAGACUUGAGUCUUCAAGCAGCACAAAAUUUGAUGACCACUCAUUCAUCAGAGGUUUUGUCCGUUCUCACCGACAUCAGUCAGAACUUUCCACAGCGAGCAAGAACCCUGGUGAAGACUGUCCUUACAGAGGAAUUCAAGAAAGAACUGAAGAAGAACCAACAGUAUUUUGAGACAAAUCAUGGUCUGUCUGCGGGGGAGUCAGCCCUGUUUCUGAAUGGUUUGCCUGUGGAUAUUGAAGUAUAUGAUAUCUACAGCCUCCUGGAGCUGAUGAGGUCAGAGACAAACCUAAUGGAGGGACUUUACUCACUCAGCUUCAAGGGUCCAGAGGUUAACCAGAUACUGAGGCUGGACCUAAGUGGUGACUCUGAAGACUUUGCUUUGGACAUCAGACACGUUGCUGUUUCCUACCUGAAUGACCUGGAAAAUGAUCGUAAAUACAAGAAUUGGCCGAGCAGCGUACAGGAUAUCCUGCGGCCGACCUUUCCGGGUAUGCUGAGACAUGUCGCCAAGAACUUCUUCCACAUGGUUUUUGUAGUGGAUCCUUUGGAAAAGAAUAGUAGAGAAUUGCUUAAAAUGGCCGAGGCGUUUUUAGUACAUAGUGCUCCAGUACGUAUUGGUGUGGUGCUUGUCGUGGACUCUGACAGAGAGGUGACAGGGUAUGACGACCCAGGAGUGGCAAUCUCUCGUGCGUUUGAUUACCUUAUAAGGGAAGAGAGUGCAGAUCGAGCCAUCGCCUUUAUCACUGACGUAUAUGAGAAAGCCCAGUCAAAGGAUCUAACGGCAGAUUUGGUAAUCAAAGAAUUCCAGCGUUCUUACUCCGACGCAGAUGAAGGAACAGUAUUUGGGGAGGACGACGACUACAAUAUUCUUAGAAAGGCCUCCAAUGACUUUGUGUCCAAGUCAGGUUUGAAAGAUUUCCCUCAGGUGUUGAUGAAUGGUGUUCCCAUGGACAAAAAACAUCUAACAGAGGAAACAUUUGAGGAGGGCGUGGUCUCCACCAUCCUUGCUCAAACUCCAGCCAUACAAAAGGCAGUGUACCAGGGCACUCUUCAUGAUUUUGUCAACAUGCAGGAAUGGUUAAUGGAGCGUGACAAUGUUCUCCCUCGCCUGAACUCCAGAGUCCUUACCCCAGCCAAGAAAUCUCUCGACUUCACUGUCAGACUAGAUGCUGAUGUGUACAAUGAUGUUCAUAAAUUUGAGGUACUAAACACCAAAGCAAUGACCUCUGUCAUGACCCAAAAUAUGAAAUAUCUGACAAGGAAAGAGGAGAACAUGCUCCGCCCAGUGACCAUGUGGGUGGUGUGUGACCUUGAGACCCCAGAAGGUCGUGAUCUGUUGUACUCUGCUCUUAAACAACUGAAACACACACAUGACCUGAGACUAGGCGUGAUUUUUAACAGUCCGCGGUGGAAGGAGGAUCAAUACUACACAAUCUCGAAAGCUGUAUACACUGCACUUACCACCCUUGAGCCAGGUCUAGCAAAGUCCUUCAUCACCAAACUAAUGAAGGAAGAAAAUGUGAAGGAUCUUCUGGCUGGAAACAAACAGCUCAGCGAUUUGGAGGUCAAUGGUAUGGACACAAUGUCCUAUAUGUUGGCUGUUGAAGUACAAAACACUGAUUUCCUCAAGGUUCAUAGAGCGUUUGUUGAGAAAGUCUUAGGCUGGGAACAGUCGGCUAGAGGAGUGCUGGCUAAUGGUCAAGUGCUGGGGCCCCUGGACAAGGGUGAACGAUUCCUACAGGAGGAUGUGGACCUGUUCCAGAAAUACAUCUUCCAGAAUUCUGCCAAGAAAAUCAAGGGUCUCCUGUAUACGUUAGGCCAUAAGGAUGAUAAGGGCAGUGACUUAGUGAUGAAGGUGUCCUCCCUCCUGAGUCAGUCUGGGUCCACUAAAGAGAGAAAGGAGGUCCAAUAUGCUGGUGAUCAACACAGUGUGAUAAAACUGCCAGGCAAUCCUGGUGCACCUGCUUACCAAUUAGAUGUUAUCAUUGAUCCAGCAUCAAGAGAAGCCCAGAAAAUGUCUGCCAUCCUCAUGAUUCUGAAAGAAGUCGCGAAUGUGGACCUGAGGAUAUAUAUGAAUUGUAAAGAUAAACUGUCUGAGUUACCUGUGAUAACGUUUUACCGAUAUGUGUUGGAGCCAUCCAUAACAUUUAAAGUAGACGGGUCAUAUUCGGAAGGCCCCAUGGCCAAAUUCACGGACAUGCCUACCAAGUCCCUGCUUACACUGGGAAUGAACCCCUCUGAAAGCUGGUUAGUCGAGGCAGUUACGGCCCCUUAUGAUCUUGACAACAUCUUGUUAGAGGAGACCAAGUCUGGAAUACACGCUGACUUUGACUUGGAGUACAUACUGUUGGAAGGUCAUUGUUCUGACAGUACGACAGGACAACCUCCUAGAGGACUUCAGUUUACACUGGGCCGUAACCAGACAGAGGCUGCUGUAGACACCAUCGUCAUGGCAAAUCUGGGCUACUUCCAGCUAAAGGCUAACCCUGGUACCUGGUUCCUGAAACUCCGAGAGGGACGGUCAUUGGAACUCUACGAUAUUGCAAGCCAUGAGUUCACAGACACACCUGCUGGAUCUGAUGAUGUUGUUGUAGUGAUGAACAGCUUCAAGAGUAAAAUUAUCAGAAUUAAAGUUGCUAAAAAGCCAGAGAAAAGUGAAGAACAGUUAUUGGUAGAUGAUCAGGAGCGAGGAAUAUGGGAGUCAAUUUCAAGCACACUGACGGGGGACAAAGCAGAGGAAGACGAUGACAAGACACUCAAUAUAUUUUCACUGGCCUCGGGACAUAUGUAUGAGAGGCUGAUGAGGAUCAUGAUGAUGAGUGUAUUGAAAAAUACAAAGUCGAAAGUGAAAUUUUGGUUUUUGAAAAAUUAUUUAUCACCAUCAUUUAAGGAUUUUAUACCAAAGAUGGCACAGGAGUAUAAUUUUGAAUUUGAAUUAGUACAGUACAAAUGGCCACGAUGGUUAAACCAACAAAAAGAAAAGCAAAGAAUUAUGUGGGGGUAUAAAAUUUUAUUUUUGGAUGUACUGUUUCCAUUGGACGUAAAGAAAAUUAUUUUUGUUGAUGCUGACCAGAUUGUACGAACAGAUCUACAGGAGCUGAAUGACCUUGACUUAGGAGGUGCUCCGUAUGGUUACACACCUUUUUGCAGCAGUCGUACUGAAAUGGAUGGAUUUAGAUUUUGGAAGUCUGGUUAUUGGGCCAGCCAUUUAGCUGGUAGAAAAUAUCACAUUAGUGCCUUAUACGUGGUAGAUUUGAAAAAGUUCAGGCGUAUUGCUGCAGGCGACCGUCUGCGCGGCCAGUACCAGGGGCUGAGUCAAGACCCUAACAGUUUAUCUAACCUUGAUCAGGAUCUCCCAAACAACAUGAUCCACCAGGUGGCCAUAAAAUCUCUGCCUCAGGAGUGGCUCUGGUGCGAAACCUGGUGCAGCAACGAGUCCAAGGCUAAAGCCAAAACUAUAGAUUUGUGCAAUAAUCCCCAGACCAAGGAACCAAAGUUAAAGGCAGCACUCCGUAUUGUACCAGAAUGGAAGAAUUAUGACUAUGAAAUAAAAAUAUUAUGGGACAAAGUUUACAAUACUAAUACAAGAUCUCAGAUAGAAUAUGACCCUCCAGAUAUAGAAACAGCAUCAAUAGGGUCAAAAAUUAAGGAUGAGUUAUAAUAUUUGGAGAAGUAACAGCAAUGAGGACAUAUGAAAUGUGUGUAAGAAUAUGUGCUUUAUGAGAUAAAUGCUUGUGUGUACAUGUUAAUGCUGAGAGUGUGAGGAGAGUGAAUAUGAAACAUGACGGUCUUAUUUCAAUUGAAGAAUAUCUUGAACUCAACUCCAAUACUUAGAAUAUGCCAUCUUAUACCAUCAACAUAAUCUUCAUAAAAAGUCUAGGCCCAGUCCAGUACUGACAUUUCCCCAGCCUAUAUCCCCUCUAUAGACUUUACAAAAUCUUCAUGCCCAGUCCAAUACUGUGUUAAUCUCCCAAUUUCAAUAGGCAAACUGUAUGCACGGGGUUAUUGUUGACAUCAGUGAGCCUUUGCAUAUAAAAUGUCAUAUAACAUUUAUUGGGUUGAAUUAUUUCUGCGUAUGAGGUUUAAAGUUUCCACACACCUAAAUUUCCACGCUUACAGAAUCUGAAAAAAGCAUUUACAAUGUAUUACUUUCUGAAAUUAAAAAACAUUCCAGUAUUGACCAUUUUCUGAAGUUGGUGCCCUCUAGGCUGGUCACAAAUAAAUCUUACUUCUGAAGUAAGUGCUCUCUGGGAUGACCAUAACCAAAUCUUACUUCUGAAGUACGUGCCUUCUGGGAUGACCAUAACCAAAUCUUACUUCUGAAGUAAGUGCCCUCUGGGAUGACCAUAACCAAAUCUUACAUCUGAAGUAAGUGCCCUCUGGGAUGACCAUAACCAAAUCUUACUUCUGAAGUAAGUGCCCUCUGGGAUGACCAUAACCAAAUCUUACUUCUGAAGUAAGUGCCCUCUGGGAUGACCAUAACCAAAUCUUACUUCUGAAGUAAGUGCCCUCUGGGAUGACCAUAACCAAAUCUUACUUUCUUAAGUUUGAUUGUUGCAAAAUGCCCUUAUCUAAUUGUGUUUACAAAAGUUUCAAGCGUCUUUGAAACUUUCGCUUUAAGUUUUCAGAGUUUAGUAUUGGCUUUGAUAUAACUUUGAAAUAACAAACUGGUCAGCAAUGUUACUCUGUGUGACCAUGGGAUGGUUUUCUAUAAUAAAGUAUUGGAGUCGGGUUCAACAUUAAGAUUAAUGGCCAUCAAAUUAUAUUCCAUUAUCAGUUAUGAAUAUUAAAUCUACAUGGACCAAUUUUUGUGGCUGAUAAAAAUUUGUCCUUUGUUUUCUGAUGUUCAAUAUCAAAUCCAUCAGUUACAUGUUUGUAAAAGGUACAUUGGCUGCUUAUGUUUACAAGUAUCAUCAAGAGUAGGAGUAUCAUUGACUUGUAGUCAUUGUCUUUUUCAGACAUGAUUUUGUUGACAAACAACCUCAAAAGAGUGCUGUGAAUAAUACUGAAUAUUUCUCAUGCUUGUAUAAAGUAUCUAUAUAUUUUGGAAUCUUCCUUAAUUCUAAGUUGAUCAGAUGAUCUCUAGAUUUUUUGGUUUACAUUUCUAAAUAUACCAUGGUCUUAAUAGAAUUAUAAAAUUCUGUCUUAAGCACUGAUUUUCACAAAGGGAUUGGUUUGGUGAUAGUCUACUUGUUGUGUAAAGUCGGUUGCUUGUUGUCAUGUGAUUGGCAGAUGCUUGAAUCCAGCACACUGGCAAAAUUCAUCAUAAUUGUAGGCUUUCAUCUGUAGCUGCAUAUUAGUCAAUGUCACCUGCUAUUUCAGCAUAUGCCAACAAUAUUUUUGUAUCUUUAUAGAUAAAGGUGAGGUCGUCAUUUACAUACAUUCGGUCUUUUCCGUAUAUGUACAGUGUAUUUGUGAACGUUUUCAUUGUACUUGUACAGGGCUUCAGGAUUUCAUUCUUCCUGGUAACAUAUUUUUACGAUACUAGGCCACUGUUGCUCAAAGUUUCGUUAGAGUUAACCAACAGUUUUUGACAACUUCAUAUUGUUUCCAUUAAAAAGGCAACAGAUUUGAAAGGCAAAAGAAACACUUGAAAUAUAUAAUAUUUCCAUGGGACUCAAUUUUUGUGUUUUUCACAAAAAUCUGUUGCAAAAAAAAAAUCUACAGCUUUGAAAUGAUAAAGAAUGUCCCUAGUUUUGUUUCAUGUAUUUUGUUUAAAGUUUUCACUAAAUAGAUUAUCUCUAACCAGCCUUUGAACAAACUGAUGCCAGAACUUGUGACCUCAUUUUGGAUCCAAUGUUGUUAUGUAUGUAAUAGAAAACUUGGUGGGUAGGUCUUUCUUCCAUUAAUUUGAUAUAGAUACGGUAGCAAAGACCGUAACAGAAUCCACUCACUUCAGCUAGUUAGGAAAAUAAUUGGAAUCGGGAUGUUUCAUCAUAGUACAUUUACAUGUAUUGAAUAAUAAAUAAUCGUGUUCUUAAUUGAUCUGGUGAACAAUUGUGAAAUAAAUGAUUAUGUCAGAAAUAAUUAUGGAUUAUUUUUGGUAUUUUUAAGUUGUUUUCAUAUUCAAUAUAAAUAUUCAUCAGAUUGUAUUUAUUGUCAUUCUAUUUGUCGU